AUCGCCAAUGAGUAUCGUGGGCGUGGCCUCAAGCGCGCACAGCACACCUGAAUUUCCAUUCACAACCGAAGUCAUUUGAGCGCUCCACAGUGUACGAGCAACAGCUUUCGCAUAGGCCUACAUUAUGGGAAUUAUGUUGUAAUUGACGCCAAAUUCAUCUCAAACUACAUCACCAGGAAAACGUGUUUAUGGCUUCAUGUCUGUGUCGAUACCGCCGGCGGAUCCUGUUCUUCUGUUCGCCGUGCAUAUUGCUGCUCCCAGUCUACAUAUAUGUCUCAAUUGCUUUGUGCUAUGUCAUGAAACAUGGGGCACCUGGUGCACAUGUUGUUCAUUCUGUGCUGCCGACACACUUUACUGCCAGCGGUCUCAAACACUCCAGAGAUCUGGCUCCUCAUCCUGCGAAAUCCUUCUGGAGAAGCGAACUAGAUGGUAGCGCUCUGUGGAACAUCAUCCAGUUCAUGACGGAUCGCCAGUAUAACCCCAUCCUAAGGCCUCAUCUGGCUGCAAACGCAUCCGGUGUUUCUUACAACACAGAAACGUCCAGAAGGACUGGGGUUGGAUGUUCUCCAAAUUAUGAGAUUAACAAUAUAAUGCCAGAUUACGCCAAUCUACCAAUCCAGAUAAAGAAUUUUGUGACCGCCAUGCACUGUCGAGACUAUCCGCUGCUCAUAGAUCCUUUAGAUGUUUGUGAUCCUCAAGCAAAGAAAUGGGCACCAGUAUUGCUCAUGGCCAUCAAAACUCAGUCUGCGAACUUUGAUAACAGGGAAGCCAUACGAGAAACUUGGGGGCGUUCAGGAAGAAUAAAAACCAGAGGUCGACGGCAAAGGCUCGUUCGCAGGGUCUUCCUUCUGGGGAAGUCCAAAGACUUGCAUAUUGAAGAGAAAUUGCAUUUAGAGAGUGAAAAAUAUGGUGAUAUCAUCCAGUGGGACUUUAUGGACACCUUCUUCAACCUCACCUUGAAGGAUGUGCUGUUCUGGGACUGGUUCUCAAGGCGUUGCCCACAUGCCCAUUUCAUUUUUAAGGGUGAUGAUGAUGUAUUUGUGAGGACACCUGCUGUCCUAGACUAUCUGCUGGCUGAAGCGGCAAACAGAAGCUUCUCACAUGGAUCCAGGCAGGCAAAUAAAAUGGAGACGUUUGUUGUGGGGGACGUGAUAAGUAGUGCCACACCUAUACGCUCUAAUGGGACUAAGUACUACAUCCCGGAGAGUUUCUAUAAAGGGUGGUACCCGUCAUACCCUGGUGGAGGAGGGGUGAUUUACUCUGGUUCUCUGGCACAUAGGCUUUUGGAGGUGUCACAGAAGGUUCAUCUGUUCCCCAUUGAUGACGUCUACCUGGGUAUGUGUCUUCAGAGACUGGGAGUUUACCCUAUCCACCACCCUGCCUUCCUCACCUUUGACUUCCCCAAAGAUGAGCCCAAGGAACCCUGUGCGAAUCACACCAUCCUGCUGGUGCACAAGCGAAGCCCUGCUGAGAUGUUCCAACUGUGGACUGAAACGUCUACACCCAGCCCUGAAUGCAGAAAUACAAUGCUGAGAGUCAAGCCUAGACCUGACUGAGAUCAGCAGACUGAAAUUUUUUUGUUGGUAAAGCAAGUUCUCAUUCUUACUGAACACUUGAAAACUGAUGUUAUGCAUUGUGAGGUAUUUUGUAUAAAUUUUAGUUUGGAAUAUUUUUGACUUUCACAUUUUGCUUCAAUAACUGCCUAAAGGUUUUCUAAACAGGCUUUCUGCAGGUUUUAUGAUGGUAACUUUAAGACCAUGUAAAGAAAAUGUAAGGAAUUAAUUGAAGGGAACACAAUGUCAAUGUUUUCAAAAUCCAAAUGUCUAGGGAGCACACAGUGAGUUGUAUUAACAACACUUGAACGUUUAAAAAUACAGCUUUCAACAGAUCUAUA